AGAGUCUGAAUAUGAGUGGUUAAGUGUUUAUACCUGUGCGACGAAAAGGGCAUUCGGAAAGAGCGCCUCUUUGGAUGCGGCUCUGAAAAACGAAAAAAAAAAAAAAAAUUCUUUUUUUUCUACCUGUGUAGGAAAAAAAAAUAUUUAUAGUGCAUUUAUGAAAAGUGAUAAAACAUUUAUAACUUAAUUGAUUUCGAAGUUUUGAUUGGAUUAUUUGAAAUAAACUGUUCGUAAUGAUAUUUUGAAACUUGAAGAAUUAGAGUUGUUCUUUUUCAUUGGAAUUGUUCUGCAAAGUUUGUUUUGACAGACGAGAAUUUUUGUGAACAGCGGAAACUUCGUGCAAUUGUGUGUUCGUUUCGGCACGAAAGUUUGUUUUGUUUACUUUUUGAUUGACAUGACACUAAUGAACGGCAACAAAACUCGUGCUUUGACGGCGGACAACGGCGUUUAAACGUUCAGCAAAGGUUGAAAUCGGAAACUUUUUUUUAUUGUAGAAUAUCCAGUUAAACGAAUCUGGCAAUCAUUCUGACUUCAUGUCUGUCGACCAAACGUUUCAUACUCCAAGUUUCGGGGACGAAGAGUUCGAAAUUCCUCCUUUAACCUACGCUCCAACCGCCGCAGCCAGCAGGUGUAGCGGUCAAGGAGUUUUCGGUAACCAGGUUCCUGUGGAAUACUUAAAACGAAAGCUGAGCUGUGACCAAAUCUACGUGUAUUUACCCCGCCAAGAAGAGAACUACUCUGAUUGCAGUGUGUACAACGAACACUCCCUUUCCCACCUGCGACCCCCUGAGUCUCACCAUCAGCAACAACAAGGGUACAUCUUGCACUCCAAUUCUUCACCCCAAGGUCACAUAAUGAACAACAACCAGUUCCACAAUGCUCCCCCUCAACAGCAGUCCAGGGGGCCCCAGGAUAUGUAUCAGAAUAUGAUGAAUACACAUUCCUUAGGAAUGCAAAUGCAGUAUGAUAAUCAUUCAGGAUAUUCUGAUGCAUCCUUGCAGCAAGGAUCUCACCAAUCUAUGCAAAUGACUCUUAUGCAUCACCAGCAGCAGCAGCAACAACAACAACAGCAGCAGCAGCAGCCAAAUCAUGUAAUGGGACCACCCCAACAACAAAUGUAUAAUACUAUGAACCAAUCUCAGAUGACAUCGCAACUCGGUAUGCAAAUGGGAAUGCAACAACAAAACAUCUCUCCUCCUGGUUCUAAUCACAAUUCUCCUGGUAUUGAGUCGAGUGAGGAUAGUGAUGAUAGCACCCCAUUAGCUCAGUUGAUCGGAUCGAAAAAACUGAUAACUCCUGAACCUGUUGACACCACCGUUCCGAAAGUCACCAAGAAACCAAAGGCUCAGAAAAAGAAAAAGAAGAGAGAUCCAAAUGAACCUCAAAAGCCUGUGUCGGCGUAUGCUCUUUUCUUCCGUGACACCCAGGCAGCUAUCAAGGGCCAGACCCCCAAUGCUAGCUUUGGUGAGGUAUCGAAAAUCGUUGCCUCGAUGUGGGACAGCCUAGAUGUGGAGCGAAAGAAUUCUUACAAAAAGAAGACUGAGACGGCCAAAAAGGAGUAUUUGAAGGCUUUAGCAGCGUACCGAGCAAAUUUAGUUUCUAAGGCUGCUGUGGACCAAUCUGAUUCUAUGUAUGGGAACAAUAAUGUCGUGAAUUCCAGUCCUUCUUCCACCCAUUCUCCAAACAGUUCCCCUCCUGGACGUAUGAUGUCCAUGCCAAAGCAGCCAUCACCAGUUUUGACAUCUGUCGUUGAUUCAAUGCAACCUGUUACUAAUUCCAUUAAUAUGCAUCCACAGAAUCAACAAGUAUGGCAAAUGCAAUCUCCACAACAUCUGACCAAUACCAGCCCUCCUCAUGUUAUGCAAGGAGGAAACGGAAUGAUGGGUAUGCAACAGCAACAAAUGGCCCCACAGCAGCAACAGCAACAACCACCCCAACAGCAAUCUAUGCAGCAGUCUCACAUGUCACCUCCUCAGAUGGGCAUGAUGAACAGGCAGGUUCAGCAGAUGCCUGGAAACUCCCCUCAGAUGUGCAACUCGGCUUCAAAUAGCCCAUCAUAUAAUCAGAAUAUGACGACAGUGAACACUGGAGGAAAUCAAGGUAACAUGGGCUCGGUUGAGAUGUCUUCCUAUCCCACUUGUCUUCGAAAUGGUUGUUCCAAUCCUGCUAUAGAUUCCCCUGAUUGGGACCGAGAAUACUGCAGUAGUGAAUGUGUCGUCUCUCACUGCAAGGAUGUUUUUGCUACCUGGGUGGCCCAAAGACAAGCCACUGCAAAUCCUUAUUCCACAGUGAAGUAAUUUUUCUUCCAGAACUUUUCAUUUGCGAAAGACAAAGAAGAAAGUAAAGUGAUGUUUUGUACAGGGUGCAAUGUCUCCUCAGUAUUACAAGUUCUUUUUCUUUUUGCGCUGCAUUGUAUAUAUAUUAUUGAAAUACCUAUACGUGAAUGGGACUUAAAAGUGCUGCUGUUCAUAUUGAGUGAGAAUUGAAACUAACUAAACGAGUACCCAAAAAUAAAAGGAUCAAGAGAAAAAUGGAAAUUAACUCUAAAGAAAAGAGCUUACACUAGCGAAGGUUCUGUUCUUCACAUAUGAUUAUGUUUAGAACAGUGUAGGUAAUGAAGAUUUAUGAAGUUUGGAUCAAGGCAUUUUUCUCUUAAAACAAAAUUUGAAGGGCGUUUUACCUUGCUGCAAAGAUGCAUAGACAAUCUUGUGAAUGCUACAACAACUUCAAACUGAAAUGUUUCUCUUUUAAAACAAAUUGUACUAUCUGUUUGUAGCUAGAUAUCCCCUACUUGUGUCCCCCCAAAGACUGUAUCAAAAUGUUUUACUAUUAAAAACUUUUUCUUCUGUGCUACCCCAAGUUUUAUUUUGUCCUAGUAAAGUAUAAUGGUCACUCCCUGCUUUUUGUCCCCCCCCUUGUCUACAUUGAUUGUUCAAGUUUGCCUCUAAAUCUAGAAAUUCCCCUUCUGUGUCCUGAUGAAUUGACUGCAUUUGUUAUUGUACACUUAUCAAAUGAUAUUUGUUAUGUUUUGGAUAAAAUUUCCAUUGUAUAUGUUAUUUAUUGCAAAAUUGACAGCAUUGAUGUAAGGGGAAAGUUCUUGGAUGAAAUUUUCCUCUCCUCUGUUAAUACUGCAUAAUCGAUGCAAAUUCACUUCUAGUAGGAAUAGUUCAUUUUAAGUUGCUUGUAUUUAUUGUUUUGCAUAAAAUAACAAAGAAUGAUUUUCAAAUUUUAUUUUACUUUUCCUUUUAAAGAUUUUGGAAUGAAUUUACUAUUUUAUUUCAUUAGAACUCACAGCAAAAAGUGUAGUAUAGUAAUGAAUUUUAUUGACGUAAGGUAAAACUGUCUGUUGUAUAGUUUUAAAAAUUAUUUUGAAUAUACUUGGUUUAAUUCAUCCAUAUUUAAAAUCCUUAAACCCAAUGCCAUUUGCUUUAUUAAGCAUCCAGUUUUUGCAUUUUCUGUUCCUGAUGCACACAUUGAUUAAGUGUUGAUAUUGUGACAAUUUUACCACCUGUGUAUUUUGUGCAUGGAAUAGUUGUUUAUGUAUUGAUAUUCAAUUAUGAAAAUAAAAUAUUAAAGCCUA